AUUGUCACAGAAAUACAGCUGAGAGAAAAGAAGCCGAGAAGUCUGCCUCGGUCUGAUGGGUGUGGUCUGUAUAACUUUGAUGCUCUGGAUUUGUCUGGAGGGUUGAGGAUCGUCCUGGUGGGCAAGACUGGAUCAGGGAAAAGUGCAACAGGGAACACCAUCCUGGGAAGAACGGUCUUCAAGGAGGACCCAAGUCCAGUUUCUGUGACGAAACACUGUGAGACGCAGAACGGGGAGGUGGAUGGGGUUCCAGUCCAAGUGAUAGAUACUCCAGGUCUGUUUGAUACGGGCAUCACCGAGGAGGAAUUAAAGUCCAGAAUAGAGGAGUGUGUCAAAAUGUCCGUUCCUGGACCUCAUGCCUUCCUGCUGGUGAUCAGGCUUGGUGUCAGGUUCACAGAGGAGGAGAGAAACGCCGUGAAGUGGAUCCAGGACAACUUUGGGGACGAUGCCUCCAUGUACACUAUCAUGCUGUUUACGUGUAAAGACCAGGCGAAAGCCGACAACGCUCUGAAGGAGUGCAAGGAGCUCCGGAGACUUUCGAUCACGUUUGGACGCAGAUACCACGCCUUUAACAACAACGACGCCGACGACCGCCUGCAGGUCACAGAGCUGAUCAGCAUGAUCAGAGAAAUGAUACAGGAUAACGGCGGGCAACACUACACCAAUGAGAUGUAUGAGAAGGCCCAGAGGAAGCUGCGAGAGGAGGAGGAGCGAAGGAAGCAGGAAGAGGAAGAGAAGAAAGAAGAGGAGAGGAAAGUGUGGGAUGCAGAGAGAGAGAAGCAGCAGAAAGAGAGAGAAAAGAAGAAAAAAGGGAAAAGGAAGAACAUCUGUGCGGCCGCGGCUGCUGCUGUCGUGCUGGUGUUUGCCGGGGUGAUUAUAGCAGUGUGCGCUAACACCACAGUAGCUCUGGCUUUAGGAACUCCUGCUCUUCUCCUCGGAGUUUUAUGUGGCUUAGCUGCCAUGUUAACAUGGAAGAACAUAAAAUGUAAACCUAAAGAAUACAGUUUCUCUUUCUAUCUGCUGUAUAAAAAGAUGCCUUUAACCGCAGCUGCAGAUUCCUGCUCUCCAGCUGUAAAAGAUCUGAGGAUUGUGCUGCUUGGAAAAACUGGAUCGGGUAAGAGUGCGACAGGGAACACCAUCCUGAAACGGGAAGCUUUUACUUCAAAGAUAUCUCCAGUUCCUGUGACAAAGAAAUGCAUGAAAGAAACUGGACACUUAGAUGAACGAACUGUGAGUGUUGUUGACACCCCUGGGAUCUUUGAUACAUCGACUGAAGAGAAACAGUUGAAAGAGGAAAUAGAGAACUGUAUCGUGCUGUCUCUCCCAGGACCACAUAUUUUCCUGUUGGUCAUUCGUCUGGAUGUUCGCUUCACAGAUGAGGAGAAGAAUGCUGUUCAGUGGAUCACAGAAAACUUUGGAGAGGAAGCCUCCAAGUAUACAAUAGUUGUUUUCACCAGAGGAGAUGAACUCCAGGAACCUAUUGAGAGCUAUUUGCACGAAAGUCCUGAUUUGAGGAAGCUCACCAGUGACUGUAAAGCUGGAUACAUUGUGUUUGACAAUACAUGUGUAGAAAAUCGUUUUCAGGUCGCUGAUUUGUUUAAACAAAUAGACAUGAUAGUUCAGUCAAAUGGUGGCCAUUAUACCAGCAGCAUAUACAAAGAGGCCCAGAGGAAACUGUGGUGGCGUGGAGUUGGAGACAACCUUAAGACUGCAGGUCCUUAUUUAGUGGGAGCAGCGGCCAUAGUCAGUCCAGCUCUUUCAACUGGUGUUAGGGGAGCUACCGGUAAUCGUUUGUUGUUAAUGGCUGGAGUUGCAGGAGAGGCCAUACGAGUCAGGCGCAUGACUCCAUGGGCGGUAGAAAAAGGUGGGGGCCUUGGCACUCAGACUCUGGCUUAA